UUUUUUUUUCUCGUUCUCUCUUUUCUUUUACAGCAUAUUAUAUACACUAAUGUCUACCACUGACAAGAGUAUUGCUAGUGAGGAACUUCUCUCAAAUAAGUGGGACCGUGUCAUUUCAAACUUUGUUGUCAAAACUGGUCUUGGUUUAAGUGUUGGUAUUGUAGCCUCAGCAUUAUUAUUCAAAAAACGCACUUGGCCUAUUGCUAUCUCUACUGGAUGGGGAUUCGGUGUUGCUUAUGCUGAUGCUCAGCGUAUCUUCCAUCCUUAUCACGUUCCCGGUGUUGAAUUCAAGAAGGAAAAGCCAGUAGUUUAGAUUUGAUGCCUUUGUUUUGGUAUACAUGUAUAGUUCUUCUUUUUUAGUUUUGUUAUAGUCUUUUCACAUAUCUUUAUUAUUAUCUCCAUUAAAGUAAAAGCAUUGCCAAACAUA